CAUCACAGUAUUGUAUUUGUCGUUUCAAAAAGAUUUAUGGUACGAAACCAUGUCGACCGAACAGAGGUACGCGUGCAGGCAGGACUCGUUCCUUUAUGUGCUAUCAUGUCCGCGUCAUGUGGUUUUCCCGAAAACCCGGAUUGGAUCUUAACUGUCAGCUGAGAACACCAGCGUGAUCAUCGCAAAUGCAUAGCCUCUUUGUUAGCAAUAGAUUAAGGUUUGUAUUGAUUAAGAAUUAAAAUGGGUCGAACUCAUGCAGUCGUAGAAUCAUAUGGGAUAGCAAAUUAUCAACGUUAUAAACAUUAACUUUCGAGCCAUGCACUCAUAUUGUAGAUGAGAGGAAGCGAUGAAAUCUGAGUUCCGAUCUUGAAUUUCCUGCAGUGCAACACACGACAAACAUCAGCAAUUCCACAACAAAUUAGACGGAAAAAAUGCCGAACAAUUUAUCUUUACACGUUUCUUAAUAGUAAAAAAAAUGAAUACUCUUGUUUGGCAACUGCUUAACGCACAUAGUCGCCUACUCAGCAAACUGACAGCUAGCCAGCUAGCUAGCUUGAAAGGCAAAUGAAACCCGUCAACCUUUUGUAAAACUUUUGAACGUUCACAAGGGUGGAUACAAUCACUAGAUGCGCUGUGUAAUACAGUUUAUCAACUGAGCACUAUACAUCCUAAACAAAACCGCGAAAGACAGCAGUAAUGAAAUUUUUAUUCCACUCCAUAUUUUGUUAUGCGCAACCCUCUGACGGCUGCAACGGCAAGCUUGCGGAUGGAUAUCUGAAAUACACCGCUAUACUACGGCACGGACGAGGGCGAACAGAAAGGGCGACUGCGAGAAGAAAACGAAAGGGAGAAAGGAGAAAUCUACCAUUACGAACCGAAGUCAUUCUUAUAGAUUUAACAAAUACAGAACAGUACCCGCGUUGCAGACACCACAUAAAUUAUCAGACAAACGCAGGACGCCCACCAAGACAGUGACAGAAACAGUGCGGAGAGGGAUGACAAAAUAAGAAGAAAAAAGGGAAACAGACACGGACUGCCAGACAUCCACCCUCCCAGCAGCGGUCUCCAUUUUAACUCCUCGCCCGGUCUACACCUCACGUGUCCUGGACUGUCUCUCUCACAUGACCCGAGUGUUUGUCCCCGUGAUCAGCACUUCCAUCUCCGUCUCCGUGUCACUGAAUAUCACAUUUUAAACCCGAAGCCCCAUGGAUAUGCUCGAACAGAGUCUGGACACCACCACAAGUCACGAGAAACAAGAGGAGGAGGUUGUGCAGAUAUCCGAAGGCGAUAACGGCGGUGGAACCGAGCAGACUGCGGUUACCAUAGCGGGCGUUCCACAGGCUGCAGCGUUCGCCGAUCACAACAUCCAGUACCAGUUCCGCACCGAGAACAGUGGUGGGCAGGUGACCUACCGUGUCGUCCAGGUAACGGACCAGCAGUUAGAAGGGGGAGACGACGGGGGAGGGGCAGUCAGCGUCGUUUCAACGGCUGCCUUCGCAGGAGCACAGCAGGCCGUGGCACAGGCGGUGAUCCAGAACCCCUUCAGUAAUGGGGGCAGCCCGGCGGGGGAGCCCGUGGGGGGGGAGACGCGCUUCGCCUACUUCCCAGCAGCCACAGUGAGCGACGGCACGGCGACUGCAGUGUCUGUGCAGGCUACUGCUGACCCCGCCCUCACACAGGCAGGGGGUCAGUUUUACGUGAUGAUGACCCCCCCUGACGUCCUGCAGUCAGGCACGCCCCGAACCAUAGCCCCCCGCACGCACCCCUACUCCACAGAUGAAAACGAGAUGCUGCAACAUGACGGUCUAAACUGGAAAAUGGACGGGCCACGGACGCCGAGGGACGAGCGGAGGAGGGCGCAGCACAACGAAGUGGAGCGGCGAAGGAGAGACAAGAUCAACAACUGGAUCGUUACCCUCUCCAAAAUCAUCCCCGACUGCAACAUGGACAGCAGCAAGACAGGAGCGAGCAAAGGCGGGAUCCUGUCCAAAGCGUGCGACUACAUCCGCGAACUCCGGCAGAACAACCAGAGGCUGCAGGAGAGCUUCAAGGAGGUGGAGAGAGUGCAGGUGGACAACGAGUUGCUACGACAGCAGAUCGAGGAGCUGAAGAACGAGAACGCGCUCCUCCGAGCGCAGCUGCAGCAGCACGGCAUCGAGAGCGUGGGAGAGACAGCGCAGUGAAGGAGGGAGAGAGGAAGAGGAGGAGGAGCAGGAGGAGCAUGAGGAGGAAGAAGAGGAGUGGCUUUUGAGGCGGGGAAUUCAGUGCAGACACAGACUGAACGGGCACGACUGGGAGGGGAGACUGAGGGACAUCGAGAACGACGACUGCUGAUGAAGAAGCACAUCUCGUAUCCUCCUCUUCCUCUCUGUUUCUCAAGAUUUUCCCUUCAUCCUGCGGACAGUGUAGCCGCCUGCAGGGGGGGGGGGGGGGGGGGGCUGCCAUCCACUGGCUUACGCUUCAGGGACAGGAGUUAAAAAAAAAAAAGAAUAAAUAAAAUAACACACAUUUUUGCCAAGAGCCUGUCACAGCCCAACCCAGGAUCCUUCCUCUUUGAUGGGGGGGGGGGGGGGGAAUUCUCCCAUUCCCCCUCUAUUUAUAAAGCUUCUCUUACGGACAGAGGUGAUUCCUUUCCUUUUACCGUCAUUUGAGGGUAUUUUUAAAUUAUUUUUUUCUUUCAUUUUUGCUUUUGUACUUCGGCUUUGUGUUCCUGUUUUCCUUCCCUUCUUUGUGUUCAGCGUCAUUGUGGACGUCGUUAUUGGGUGGUGUUAGUUCGUUUGGUUUAAUUUAUUAGAUUGUGAGGGUUAAGUAAUUGGUCACACAGGAGGAACGUUGGCCUCUGGAUACACAGAGACACAGAACUGCAGCAAAAGCCAUCGCGGCGAGGACAGAACUCAUGAUUAUCGGCUAAUAAAAGAACAAAGCAUGGAAAAUCAUGAGUUAACAUGCUCGACACAGCCCAGCCUGUAUAGCUCAGCUCGGCUUAACGUCUUGUUCAAAACGCUCGUCUGGAACGCACGCCGGCAGUGUUUGGUCAUCGCGCUGAGAUCCUGAACGCGUGGCGUUGAGUGUGACUGAGCAAAUCGCGGGUGCGGUUUAUCGAGUUCAGUCAUGCCACAUCGCACUUCCGAAACGUCUCGUCGCCAAGCAACACUGGCUGAGUGACAGGUCUGCGUUCAGCUGCCCGAGCGGGGCAUGCCUCCUUUGGUUUCAGCACGACUUUAAAGUGAAAAGGAGGAAGUGAAUAAAUACAGGUGAAAGUGCACUGCAUACACGAGGGGCCCCGGUAGGAACCAGUGGGAAGUGUCCUGGUUACUACCCAGUAAACUGGUAGAGGGUCCUCCUCUUCUUCACUGACUAGCAGUAAUCGAUAACGCUCUUCCGUGCUGUUACCGAUUACUGGCCGACACGUUUACAAUAACUCAUUAAACGUGUGUAAUCGUGUAAACGGAGGAGGCUUUUGCUGCAGGUGUUUUUAGGCUGUGUGCUUCUCCCGCUGAAACUGAUUCGUGAGAAGGACGAUGGCGUUUAGCCAAAACUGUAAAAAAAAAAAAAAAAAGAAAAAAAA